AUGGCGGAUCCAUCUACACUGGCUGAUCUUCCUUCCACCAAGCCACCCAUCACUCACGUCAUCUUCGACAUGGACGGCCUUCUACUUGAUACGGAGAAAUUCUACACAGAAGUCCAGGAGAUCAUUCUUGCUAGAUACAAUAAGACUUUUGAUUGGUCUCUCAAGGCCAGAAUGAUGGGUAAGAAGGCAAUAGAAGCUGCUCGAGUUUUUGUGGAAGAAACUGGAAUCAGUGACUCGCUCUCAGCUGAAGAGUUUCUUGUAGAGAGAGAAGAUAUGCUGCAAAGUUUAUUCCCCUCGUGCCAACUCAUGCCUGGGGCCAGCCGUUUAAUUCAGCACCUCCAUGCAAAUGGAGUUCCUAUUUGUGUUGCAACUGGUUCACACAAAAGGCAUUUUGAGCUGAAAACACAAAACCAUCGUGAAAUAUUUUCACUGAUGCAUCAUGUAGUUCUCGGUGAUGAUCCAGAAGUCAAACAAGGGAAACCUUCACCCGAUGUAUUCAUUGCAGCUGCCAAAAGAUUUGAGGGUGGACCAGUUGAUCCACAAAAGAUACUGGUUUUCGAAGAUGCGCCAUCUGGCGUAUUGGCAGCUAAGAAUGCCGGCAUGUCAGUGGUAAUGAUUCCAGAUCCAAGGCUGGACAAUUCAUACCAUCAAACUUCAGAUAAGGUUAUAAGCUCUCUCUUUGGUUUCAACCCAAGCGAGUGGGGCCUACCCCCUUUCGAAAAAUCCGGAGCUUAA